CUCAUCCUUCGCCCUCCGUCUUUCUUUCUGCCUGAUUCAUUCCUCUUCAAGGACUCCUGAGAGCUCCCCUUCCUUCGUUGUGUGCCUCGUCGCAUCUCCAGGGACUGCCAAGUAACGGGCUUGACGUGAGUCACCGUCGGAAAGGUUAUCUAUCUACCAUCUUUCCUUAUCAGGCAUCGCUCCUUCCGUCACCCUGAAUCUUCAGGCUGCUCCUCUCCCUCAAGGCCUCGACACUCUUUCGAUCAUGGCUGCCGACCAGUUACUCCAUUCUAUCGGUCACUCGACGCCCAGCGAAGAGUGGUUCGACUUUGACAACUUCGACAUCCCCUAUGAGGGACUGGGAAGCAAUCCCACCACUUCGAUUGAUUCGAUCUCUCCGAAAGAUCUGGAUCUGACCUUUGCGGACUUUGAUGACUGCAACUGGGGGCCAGCCCCCGCGGUCUGCGGUCAGGAUCUGUUCGCCGAUAUUGUCAACUACGAUGCGCCUUGUGAAGGAUAUGUGGGACAUGCAUUCGAUGCCUCGCAACCUAUGCUAGAUCCUACCGGGGCCUUCCACCCGCCGCCCCCGCCACCAAAUCAAGGGCUGAUCGGGUCGCAACUCUGCGACCCAUGGGCACAGGACAUUGGCGAUGCCGACGAUCAAUUCUAUAGCAGCAUCAGACAAAUGGUGGAGCUACAAGCCGCGGCCGAUCCCGCCGCCCUGUCCAUUAAAGAGAAGCGCAUGGAAGCGUCUAUUGCCCUUCAUUUGCAGCGUCUACAAAAAGCCGCGCUGCAGGACCUGGAACUGUCGUCAAUCUCAAGCACGACAUUCCCGUCGCCCCGCUGGUCCGAAUCUGCGGGCAGCGUUUCGCAGAGUGGUACUUGUGCAACCCCAGUGACCUCCCCAUCCGAGAUGGCCCGGACACCUGCCUCGGGCCCUGACCCCGCAGUUGGAGGAAUGGAGCUGGUGCUCGACUUGAACAUGAACACCACCACCAACCUCCCAAAGAAGCAGAAGCCUCGGUCGCAAGCCCAAAAGGAAAACUACAUCAAGGCUCGGAAAUACGGUGCGUGCGAGAAGCACCGGAAACAACACAAGCGAUGCAACUGCCUUGAGAAGGCCGCUGCUCUUGCUGUUAGCCAACAAGCGGUUUCGACUGCCGAAAUGGCAGCCAAGUCGAUCGUCAAUGCACAACUGCAUGUCCAUCGCUCCGGCAAGGAACAACUCCUCAUGAGGACGAUACCGGCAUCCGCCCGGAAGUCACCUGUCUCGCAACCGACAGGAGGGUUGGUACCAAGAGAAGAUCAAUCCGUCCAGCUUCGGCAUCCCAGCCGUGUGUCAAGCACCAAUUUCACGAUGGAUCCUCGAUACGGCCACCACUCGCCACGCUCGGCCGAGCCCGUCGCAAGCUGCCGCAGAGCGGUUGGCUGUCCGAAUACGGGCCAGCCAGCCCCUCCCAGGUCGCCGGUGUCCUGUCGCAGCGCCGAUCUGGUCCAUUCCACGCCGGGGAGACUGCAACCCUCUUCGACGUCCAGUCAACCGGACCAGAAGUCGCACGCUGCAAUUCAUGGCCCACGCCACGUCCAAGCAUCAGGCCGUCUCCGGACAGUCCAGACUGUUUCGACUCGCUGGCGCGCGUCGGUGCAGACGUCAGUCCUAUUCAAGCCCAACGCAUCAGACGAUGCGGUUGCCAGCUCUACGACCAGAGCAUCCGUCCACACCCCUGUUGUCCGACCCCGGCCCAGCGCCAACCAUGGAGAACGGGGAAGCCGGACAAUAUCCGAUGCAUGCAAGCAUGUCUGGUCCCCCGGACUGGGCGUCCAAGCAACUUCCUCCCGACACGUGUCUACCCAUCGUUCUUUGGAUGUACCAGCCAACGAUGUCCAUGACCAGUCUGUGUCGAGGACUGUUGUUUCGCGGGUACUACAAAGCGUGUUUCCGGUUUCUGGCUUCCUGGAUUUAUCGAUCUUCGUCGCUUCUCGGUUGAGUUCAUGGCUUGGCAGGUCUGGAGUUUUCUCCAGAUUUGGCAAAUCCGUCAUGAUUUCAUCCAAAAAGCAUUGGCUUACGGGGAAAGGACUAGGGUGGUGUUGA